UUAAAGAAAUAUCAAUAGUGGUUGAAAAGAGAUUAGUUAAGAUCAAUGAAACUGAAGAGAAGAAAGAAAGAGACCAGAAGAAAAAUAUGGACUUAUCAGAGAAUGCUGAAUGGCACCUUGAUUGUCCAGACCCUACAGAACAGUUGAUUCAAUAUGUAGAACCACUAAUACUAUUCAAGAAAAAUCAAGUAAAGAUUAGAACAAAUGAAGGACUGAAAGGUCAACUGAAAUAA